AUGACAGACUUGUUACUUGAUCCAGCUAUCAGAACUUGGGUUUUCUUGCCGAUCGUUGUUAUAACGUUUUUCAUUGGAAUUCUCAGACAUUAUGUAUCCCUCCUUCUUAUGAACAAAAAGAAGGUAGAGCUCGAAAAUAUAGCCGACGGGCAAUAUCUUCUUCGAGCACGUCUUCUGAGAGAAAAUGGGAGGUUCCUCCCAAAAACUUCCUUCAAUGCAAGAAGGCAAUACUUGUGUGCUGAAGAAACUGGAUACUUGUCGAAGGCUCAACAACGACCAGCAAAAGGACCAAACCCGAUGGAUCCAAGUCAAAUGACCGAAAUGUUGAAAGGAAACAUGAUGAACAUGAUACCUAUGAUUGUCGUUGGAGGAUGGAUUAACUGGACGUUCUCCGGAUUCGUUACUACUCGGGUUCCAUUCCCAUUGACUCUCAAGUUCAAAGCCAUGCUUCAAAGAGGUGUUGAUCUUGUUUCACUUGACUCCGCCUGGGUUUCUUCCGCUUCUUGGUACUUCCUCUGUAUGUUCGGUCUCCGUUCAAUCUACACACUAGUACUGGGAAGUGAAAAUGCUGCUGAUCAAAGUAAAGCAAUGGAAGACCAAAUGGCGAUGACUGGCUCAGCAGUGAAUCCACAAGCAGACCCACGUGCAGCUUUCAAAGGAGAAUGGGAAGCUCUCCAAAUGACCCAACACCAAUUCGCUCUUUAA